AUGUCUGCACCAAUCGUCAGCGCCACCAUGGGGGCGAUGAACCCCCUCAUCGGCAAGCUCGCCGCACUGAUGGGUGACGAGUACAAGAAGCUCACAGGGGUGAGGAGACAGGCCUCGUUCCUCAAGGAUGAGCUCAGCACCAUGAAAGCCCUCCUUGAGAAGCUUGAGCUCAUGGACGAACUGGAUCCCUUAGCCAAGAAUUGGAGGGACCAUGUCAGGGAGAUGUCCUACGACAUGGAGAAUUGCAUCGAUGACUUCAUGCAAGACAUUGGAGGUGCCGAUGCCAAGAUGGGCUUUAUAAAGAAGACGGCUAAACGUCUUAAGACGUUGCGGAAGCGUCAUCGUAUCGCUGAUCGGAUGGAAGAGCUCAAGGCCCUUGCUUUGCAAGCAAAUGAACGACGCAUGAGGUACAAGAUUGAUGAUUGCACCAAUUCUACCACUCGUGUCGUUCCCAUCGAUACUCGGAUGUUGGCAAUCUACAAGCAGGCAGCCGGGCUUGUGGGCAUUGAUGGCCCAAAGAAAGAGCUUGUAAGUUGGUUGACAGAUACUCAUGAAAAAGUCAAGGUGGUGGCUAUUGUUGGAUUUGGAGGUCUUGGUAAAACUACACUUGCCAAACAAGUAUAUGAUAUGAUCGGAGGGCAAUUCAGCUGUACAAUAUUUUUAUCAGUUUCUCAAAGACCUGAUAUGUCAAGCCUCCUCGGUGGUCUCCUGUUGAAGCUUGAGAUGAAAGAGGAGUUAACUCACGCUCACGAGGUGCAAGACAUGGUUGCUCAUCUUAGAGAAUAUCUAACACAUAAGAGGUACCUUAUUGUUGUUGAUGACUUGUGGGAUCAAUCAACAUGGAAUAUCAUGAGUUGUAUCUUUCCGGAAGUCGGGAAUGGAAGUAGAGUAAUAGUAACUACACGAGUGGAGGAUGUGGCUAUUUGGGCGUGUCACAAUGACCAUGAGUGUGUUUAUAGAAUGGAACCCCUCAAAGAACAAGACUCAAGAAUGCUGUUCUGUAAUAGAGUAUUUGGUUCCGGAUGUGUCUGGCCACCUUACUUAAAAGAAGUUUCGGUUGAAAUAUUGAAGAAGUGUGGAGGGUUGCCACUUGCAAUCAUCACUAUAGCUAGUCUAUUAGCUAGUCGUCAAACAAGAUCAAAGGACGAGUGGGAGAGCAUAAGAAAUUCUUUGGGCGCCAUGUUUGCCACAAAUCCCACCUUAGAAGAGAUGAGGAGUAUACUAAACCUUAGCUAUAUGCAUCUUCCUCUUCAUCUUCGUCCAUGUCUCCUGUAUCUUGGCAUGUAUCCAGAAGACGAAACGGUCAGUAGGCAUGAUCUGGUUCUACAAUGGAUAGCUGAAGGCCUUGUCAAUUGUUCUCAUGGGUCAGACUUGGAGGAUAUUGGGAAGAGUUAUUUUAAUGAGCUUAUCAAUAGAAGCCUGAUUCAGCCUGCUGGAACCUCAAUGUCUGGAGAGGUGGAGGGUUGCAGAGUACAUGAUAUAAUGCUUGAUCUCAUCCUCAGCAAGUGUGCGGACCAAAAUUUUAUCAACGUGGCAUAUAAUUGUGAAGACGUGGCAAAAAUGCAUGCCUGUGAGUACAAGGUUCGUAGGUUGUCCUUGAAAUCAAGCACCAAUGAUGCAACAUUGAGGAUCAUUGAUACUAGUAUGUCACAAGUUCGAUCAUUUGCACAAUUUGGAGAGUCCAAGUACACACCUCCUCUUUCGCUAUUUAAGUACCUUCGGGUGCUGGUGUUUAUGUUCCCAUUCGAGAGGAGUACGAUAGUCGACCUCACUGCAAUUGGUCAACUGUUUCAGCUAAGAUAUCUGAAGGUUUCUGCAUUCCCGUGCUUCAUAGAUCUGCCUACUGAAAUUCGCGGGCUUGUUCAUUUGGAGACGCUGGAAAUAUCUGGUAAUGCAUCAAGCAUCCCGUCAGAUAUUGUUUGCUUGCCACGAUUGUCUCGUCUGAUCCUUGAGUGUCUCAGUCUUACACGCCUUCCUCAACGGAUUGCCAACAUAAAAUCAUUGCGUGCACUGCACUGUAUGGAGAACAUCUCGCUAGAGGAUAUUAAUGCCGUUAUCGAGCUGACCAGCCUGAGGGAGUUGAGACUUUCUACUAAAGUGGUGGCGGGUGAAGUUGAUGCUUUGGUAUCCCUAAUUGGAAAGCUCCAUGACCUAAAAUACCUUGCAGUCGGUGUUGAGCCUUCUAAACAUCACUGCAACCCGAUGUACUCAUUAUCCAACCCUCCUCUCCAUAUCGAGGAACUUGAUCUAUUCGGGUGGACACUGAAGAGAGUUCCCACAUGGAUUGGUGACCUCCAUUUCCUUCGGAUCCUGAUUUUGCGUGUCGACAACUUGUCCAACGACGAGGUUCAUGUUGUGGGAAAGCUGCCCUGCCUCGUCCAUCUGGAUCUAUGGGUGUCCGCUGAAGGCGGGGCCAUCAUCUGCAUGGGCUUAUUCCAAGUCCUGAAAGUCCUUCGUCUCUUCUCUCAUGAUGUGGCACACAUGCAGUUUCAGACAGGACUAAUGCCCAGCCUGCGACAGCUCACUCUAGAAGUAAAGAAUGGCUGGGGUGGUGCUGUGCCUCAAGGCAUGGAGCACCUAUUGGCCCUCGAACACAUCUCUGUAUUUGCCAGAGACGGCGUCAACCACCGUGAUGUCGAGUCUGCCUUCAGAAGCGUCGUCGAUGUGCACCCAAGACGACCUUCCUUAGAAAUAAUACCUCCGCCUUCCCUCAGUUCUAUAAAUGUGGUCAAACUUUGA